CAGUGGCUGAUGCGAAGGAAGAGGUCCUGAAAGGUCCUGCAAUUCCUGGUCAUCCUGGCUGGACCAAGAGUCCUUGAGUGAAGUCAUGUUGGAAAAAUAGCAUGGAGGUCUUGACUGUGGAGGAUUUGGCCUGAGUACUUGGGAACAGAGGUGAAGAUUUCCAAAGGCUCAGCCUUCUUAAGACUUUACCCUUCCCCAAGACAGCAGGAUGGAGGAUAAGGAGGGAAGGACUUCUGGGUUCCUCAUAUCCACAUUUCAGGAAUUGGUGACGUUCAGGGACGUGACUGUGGAUUUCACCCAGGAGGAGUGGCGACAUUUGGAGCCUGCCCAGAGGGCCCUGUACAGGGAUGUGAUGUUGGAGAACUAUGAGAACCUGGUCUCUGUGGGGAUUCCCGUUUCCAGACUGGAUGUGACCUCCCUGUUGGAGAGACAAGAAGCAGUUUGGAGUCCCAAGGGUGAAGGCCUCAGAGGCUCUUGUCUAGAUUCCCUUAGUAACAAGAUCAAAUUUAAAACAAAGAACUCAAGUCUGACAAAGAGCAUUUUCAUAGAAGCAUCAUCCAAGAAAAAUCUGCUAAAGGGCAAGGCCUGGCAUUGCAAGAUGAACGAAAUUAGGGAAUAUGAAAUCAAUUUAGAAAAACUGAAGUGCAACCCGGAUGGACAGUCCAGAAAAAUAAUAGUCAUUCCUAGAGCAACUUUUAAUAAAGGAAGUGAACUUCAGAGUAAUACAUUUGGGAGAAGAUUUAGCUUCGGAUCAGUCUUUGUUACACUUUGGAGAGGAACGAUGGGGAAAAGUCUCCGUAAAUAUAAGACACUUGCAAAGGGUAUCAAGGAUUUUCCUGUCCUAAUUACUUGUAAUACAUUCUCUUUAGGGAAGAAUUUUUCUAAAUAUACCAAAUGCAAGAAGACCUUCAGGUACCACUCAGACCUAAUUAAAUUUUAUAGAACAUAUGCUGGAGAGAAGCGAUAUGAACAUCGUAAAUGUGGCUUUGGCCAAAGGUCAUAUUUUAUUGGCCAUCAGAAUAGAGAUAAGCAUGGAUGUAAGCAAUAUGGGAAACCCUUCAGCUAUAUAGGAAGCCUGAUUAAACACAAAAGAAUUCAUAUUAGAGAGAAAUCUUUUGAAUGUAAUGAAUUUGGAAAAACCUUCAGUAAGAAGGGACUUAUUUCUCAUCAGGGAAUUCAUAUUAGAGAGAAACCCUUUGAAUGUAACAUAUGUGGUAAAGCUUUCAGUGAGUGCAGGCACCUUGAUAGACAUCAGAGGAUUCAUGCUAGAGAGAAACGUUUUGAAUGUAAUGAGUGUGGAAAAGCUUUCAGUGAGAGUAGAUACUUUAUUGUCCAUAAGAGAAUCCAUACUGGAGAGAAAUUAUUUGAAUGUAAUGACUGUGGGAAAGCUUUCAAUAUUAAGGAACGCCUUUAUAGACAUCAGAGAGUUCACACUGGAGAGAAACCUUUUGAAUGUAAUGAAUGUAGAAAAAGUUUCAAUAGGAGGGAAAGCCUUAUUAAUCAUCAGAAAACUCAUACUAAAGAGAAAUUCUUCACAUGUAAUGAGUGUGGGAAAACCUUCAGAGACAGUCAAAUACUCAAAAAUCAUCAGGACAUUCAUACUGGAGAGAAAUCCUUUGAAUGUAAUGAAUGUGGGAAAACCUUCAGUGAAAGGGGACGCCUUAAUAGACAUCAGAGAAUUCAUACUGGAGAGAAACCCUUUGAAUGUAAUGAAUGUGGGAAGGCCUUCAGUGAGAGUGGACACUUUAUUAUCCAUCAGAGAAUUCAUACUGGAGAGAAACCAUUUGAAUGUAAUGAAUGCGGGAAAGCCUUCAGUGAGAGGGGAAGCCUUAAUAGACAUCAGAGAAUUCAUACUGGAGAGAAACCUUUUGAAUGUAAUGAAUGUGGAAAAGGCUUCAAUCGGAGGGAAAACCUUAUUAGUCAUCAAAGAACUCAUACUAGAGAGAAACCUUUUGCUUGUACUGAGUGUGGGAAAACCUUCAGCCAGAGGGGGAACCUCACUACCCAUCAGAGAACUCAUACUGGAGAGAAACCUUUUGCAUGUAAUAAAUGUGGGCAAGCCUGUAGUCAGAGGGCAAGUCUCAUUUAUCAUCAUAGGAGUCAUACUGGAGAAAAGCCCUUUGACUGUAAUGAAUGUGGAAAGGCCUUCAGUGAGAGAGGAAACCUCAUUACACAUCAGAGAACUCAUACUGGCGAGAAACCCUUUGAAUGUAAUGAAUGUGGGAAAGACUUUAGCAGGAGGGAAAAUCUCAUUAGUCAUCAGAGAACUCACACUGGAGAGAAACCUUUUGAAUGUAAUGAAUGCGGGAAAGCUUUUAGACAAAAGGGAAGCCUUAUUACCCAUCAGAGGAUUCAUACUGGAGAGAAGCCCUUUAAAUGUAGUGAAUGUGGGAAAGCCUUUAGUGUGAGGGGAAAUCUUAUUGCACAUCAGAGAACUCAUACUGGAGAAAAACCCUUUACAUGUAAUGAAUGUGGGAAAGCCUUUAGUGGGAGAGGGUACUUUAUUACCCACCAGAGAACUCAUACUGGAGAGAAACCCUUUCCAUGUAAUGAAUGUGGGAAAGCUUUCAGUGAGAGAGGAAGCCUCACUAGACAUCAAAGAAUUCAUACAGGAGAGAAAACUUUUACAUGUAGUGAGUGUGGGAAAGCCUUUAACCAAAGGGCCAGCCUUAUUACCCAUCAUAGAAUUCAUACUGGAGAGAAACCUUUUUCAUGUAAUGAUUGUGGGAAAGCCUUCAGGCGGAGGAGAAACCUUAUUACACAUCAGAGAAGUCAUACUGGAGAUAAACCCUUUGUUUGUAGUGAAUGUGGGAAAGCCUUCAGUGAGAGGGGACACUUUAUUACCCAUCAGAGAACUCAUACUGGAGAGAAACCUUUUGAAUGUAAUGACUGUGGAAAAGCUUUCAGUGAGAAGGGAAGCCUUAAAAGACAUCAUAGAACUCAUACUGGAGAGAAACCAUUUGCAUGUAAAGAAUGUGGGAAAGCCUUCAGUGGGAGGGCAAACCUUAUUAGGCAUGAGAGAACUCACACUGGAGAGAAACCCUUCACAUGUAAUGAUUGUGGAAAGGCUUUCAGUGGGAGGGCGAACCUUGUUAGACAUCAGAGAAGUCAUACUGGAGAAAGACCCUUUGCGUGUAAUGAAUGUGGGAUAGCUUUCAGCAGGAAGGCAAACCUUAUGUCUCAUCAGAGAAUUCACACUAUUGAACAACCCUUGGAACAUAAAGAACAUGGGAAAGCUUUCAUUAAUAGAGAAGUAAUAAAAAAUUGCCGGAAAAUUAAAGCUAAUCAGAAACCUUUUGCAUGUAAUGAAUGUAGUAAAGACUUCAGAGAGAGAAAGCAUCUUAUUAUCCAUCAAAGAAUUCAUAGUGGAGUGAAGCAUUUUGAUUAUAAUAAAUACAAAGAAUAGUUUUUAGUGGUUCAGCAUCAGCAGGAGAUCUCCAGUGAAGUAUUGCAGGAGUCUGUUCUUGACUCAGUGUCACAAUAUUUAUAUCCAUGACUGGGAGAAAGGCUUAGAUAGUCUAUUUAUACUUGCAGGUGAUACAAAGUGGAAAUGGAGAGCAAACACACUAGAACAAUAUUGACAGGCUAGAAUACCAGGAUAAAUCUAAUAAAGUAAAAUUCAGUCAGGAUAAAUAUAAGUCUUAUACUAGAGUGCAAAAUUAAAAUUCACAAAUACAGGAUGGAGAGGCAUGGUUAGAUAGCAAUUCUAAAAAAUAUCUUGGAGUUUGGUGACCUACAAGCUCAACAGGCAACAGUAUAUAAACUGAUUUAGAGCAAAGUAAGCAGGACCAAUAAUAUUCACAACAUUGUAAAUAAAUUAAAACAAAACAGCCAAAGCUGAAUCCUGUUUAGUUUUAGUGACUCAGUUUGACCCAAGAGAUAUGUACUACAUUUUCAGAAGUGGAAGGAGGGACCAGCAAUGUGUAACAUUGCAU